CCCUUUGACAGUCUUGGAACAGAGGGAACACAGACUUCAGCGAGAGGCAGUGUGUUAGAAGUUUUCGAUCCCUUGCUUUCUGGUUGUCAGCAAGAAAGUAAGCUGACAGAAGAGAUGCAACAACUAGCAGUGGAACAGAACAGAGAAUAUGUUGAAGACGAGUCAGAUUCAGAGAGCUCUAUGAGUUUUUAUGAUGCGUAUGAUCCAUUUGACUACUUGGAUGGGUCAGGAACAUCUGGUGAUCCACUGUAUGCAGCUGUUGUGAAGGAUCGCACUCCAACAGCCUUAUCUCCCCCACCCCCUCUACCUCCGCGCAAUUCUACCAUUGAAAGACGGAGAACAUCAGUGGAACGAAGGCAGAGAGUUAAGUGUCGGUUGUAUGAGAAUGUGAAGGUAGUGAAGCAGAGGGCAGCUCUCCAUGAUUCAGAACUGCAAACAUUCCACUCAAUGGUGAAGAAACUUCGUGCGGAGUUUCCUUACGUUGAUCCUUACACAAACAUAGGCUUGGUGGUGAGUCCGACGAUAGAUAGUUCAUGUGGAGAAGGAACAAGUAUCAAGUUAAUUGUCCAUUCCAAGAAUGAAGAGAGUCCGGUUAUAUUUACCUGUGAUGUGAGCUCAACUGUGGAGCAUGUAAUCCUGCAUGUAGUGUGUGAACUGGAAGGGGAUUUGUGUGAAGAUGUCAGUGACUAUGUCCUCAAAGUAUGGGGCCUUGCGGAGUACUUCACGUCUCACACUACUCUGUCUGACUACGAGUAUAUUCAUCAGUGUAUAAAAUUGGAACGAGAUGUGGAACUCGCUAUAUUACAAACUGAUCAACUGAAAAGGCCUUUGGCUAGAACUGCUCAAGAUGACAAAAGAGAUGGAGAUUUAUCAUUGGAAGAUUUGCUUCCUAAUGAACCAGUUCAUCCUAUUUCAUAUGAUGCACUUCUUAUACUCUUGGAGACCCUAGAGCGGGAAAUGGAAAAAGCAGCUAGACAGAUGUGCGGCCACCAUGUUCCAGGCCUGAUGCCCCAACUUCAAGCCAAAUGCGUUGUUCAAGCUGUGAAAGCAGUCUGCGCUCUAAUGGGCAACGUGGAAACUCAGGACAUCACAGAAUCUGUGGAAAGCUUUGAAUCUGUUUGUCUGCAGUUUAUACCAGCUCCACCAUCAGAUGGCUCAAGACCUGAGAUUGUCAGUGAAGAUGGAGACUAUUCUGUAGUUCACUUACGUCAGCCACUUGCUGACGCGAUAGCUACCAACUGUGAUCUGAUUCGUGAUGCUGUGCAGGGACUUAUCGAGACCUACUGUCAUGCCUUUAGGGUUGAUUUUCAGCUUAACUCCAGAGCAGAAUUGCCAACAUGUACGAAGGAGAGCAGUAGUGUACUGGAUAGUGUACUGGUCCAUGUUGGUGGUUUGCAUCGUCUUUUGUCAGGAUGGAACCAUGACGAAUUCCAGUUGGUAGCACAGAUCUAUCACGGUACUCGGCCUGUUGGACAACCGGUCCUCUCUCAGUCAGCGUCUCGCACAAAGGGAUUUUAUGAUCGUGUGCUGUUUGACUCUUGGAUGAGUAUCGAGAGCACAAGUGUGUGUAUGUUGCCACGAGAAGCACGUCUUGUAUUAGUCUUGUAUGGUCGAACAAUGCAGCCUCCAGAAAACACCGGAGAGGAACCACGAAUAAAUGAAGUCGAGCUCGGAUGGUUUGCCAUGCAGUUUUUCAACCAUGAAGGGGUGAUGGCACAAGGCAGUUUUCUUCUCUCAUUGUGGCCUGCAGUAGCUGACAAGAGACUGGGGCCAGCUCCGUCCCCAGGCACACGCCCCCAUGGUGACAUCGAUCCUGUUCUAUGGGUCGAGCUGCCAGAUCUGGGUGGACGUGUGGUGUUUCCUCCAGAAGUCAACAGAAGCGAGAAGAUGAAGUCUGACGCACAUGUAGCCCCUCUUCAUGAGUGGACAAGUCUUGAUCCAAAUACACAGCAGCAGCUUUUGAACAUCAUAGAGCAGGACACUUUCACAAAGCCAAUGGUGGAGGACCGUGAAGUGUUGUGGGAGAAGCGACAUUACCUCUUCCACAUGCCACAAGCACUGCCAAAGGUUCUACUGGCAGCUCAUAGCUGGGACUGGGCGUGUAUUGGAGACCUCCAUGCAAUGCUGCAUAUGUGGAGCCCGAUGGAACCAGUCAGUGCUAUGCAGUUGCUUUUACCAUGUUUCCCAGAUGUUGAGGUUCGUCGUGCAGCUGUGAACUGGUUACGUUCAUUAGGGAGUGAUGAAUUGGUGGAUUACCUGCCGCAGUUGGUACAGGCUUUAAAGCAUGAGACGUGGGAGGCUUCACCGUUGGCUUACUUCUUGCUGGAGCGAUCACUUACGUCACCACGUGUCGCCCAUCAUCUAUACUGGCUCCUGGCACAAGCACUUCCUGGGGAGUUUCCACAGAAUUCCUCGGAAUCUACUGCGGAGGAUGAUGUCAGUAUAGGAGAAUCUCGUUAUCACCGUCGACUGCAACUGAUGCUCCGCGCUUUGUUUGCCAUAUCUGGUGAAGCACUAAGAGGAAGGUUCCUAGCCCAGCAGCUACUUGUGAAGAAUUUGUAUGAAAUAGCAGGAAAUGUGAAGGCAAGUAAAGAGUCCCUUCGGCUGAAGGUUCUGACACGAGAUUUGGAACAGUUGCAUCAUUCGUUAGAAGAUGCACCCACGUGUCUCCCACUGAGUCCAAGCCUUGAAGUACAGGGUGUGCAGGUGCGAACCUGUUCGUACUUCCCUUCAAACACACUGCCACUUAAAAUUAACUUUCUCAGCACUGAAACAGGCAUCAUACCAGCCAUUUUCAAGGUCGGAGAGGACUUGCAGCAAGAUAUGCUCACUAUCCAGAUGGUUCGUAUCAUGGAUAAGCUUUGGCUUAAGGAGGGGAUUGACCUCAAGAUGGUAACUUUUACCUGUGUACCUACAGGUCACAAACGAGGGAUGAUAGAGAUGGUGACAAAUGCAGAGACGCUGAGAAAAAUCCAAGUAGAACUUGGCCUGACAGGAUCAUUCAAGGACAGGUCUAUAGCUGAGUGGCUUGCAAAACAUAACCCGUCUGCGCUAGAGUACGAAAGGGCGGUGGAGAACUUUACAGCGUCUUGUGCUGGAUAUAGUGUUGCCACUUAUAUUUUGGGUAUCUGUGACAGACACAAUGAUAACAUCAUGCUCAAAACAUCUGGCCAUCUUUUCCAUAUUGAUUUUGGAAAAUUCUUGGGAGAUGCACAGAUGUUCGGAAAUUUUAAAAGGGAUCGGACACCAUUUGUACUGACAUCAGAUAUGGCCUAUGUAAUAAAUGGUGGUGACAAACCAACAGCCAAGUUUCAUCAUUUUGUGGAUAUGUGUUGCACAGCGUUUAAUGUUGUGCGUCGUCAUGGCAGCCUGCUUCUUAAUCUAUUUGGUCUGAUGGCAUCUUCAGGUAUUCCAGGUGUAACACUUGACACAGUCCGCUACGUACAGAAGGCAUUGUUACCAAAGUUAUCAAAUCCUGAGGCAGCAGCCACGUUUGCAAGAAUGAUAGAGAACUCCCUACGUUCAUGGUUUACCCAGUUCAACUUCUUCCUUCACAACUUGGCUCAGUUGAGGUUUACUGGUGACCAUAACGAUGGUGAUCUCCUCAGUUUUGUUCCUCGUACAUACACACUGCAGCAAGAAGGGCGUAUACUGAGUGUCGGUGUGUAUGGCUACCAGAAGCGUUAUGAUCCAGAGAAGUAUUAUGUGUAUAUUUUGAAAGUGGACCGGGCCAACCAACCUGACCCCACUUACUUGUUUCGCUCGUACAAAGAGUUCUGCGAAUUUCACCAAAAGCUCUGCCUUCUAUUCCCAUUGGCUAAGUGCUACAGUUUGCCCAGUGGCCUCUCUGUAGGCAGAUCCAACAUAAAGCAAGUUGCAGAACGACGACGUGUGGACAUCGAACGCUUCUUGAGCACAUUGUUUCUCAUGGCAGAUGAGAUUUCUCAUUCUGAUAUUGUCUACACGUUCUUCCAUCCUCUUCUGAGGGACCAACAGGAGGCAAAUAUCAAUGCAGCGAAGGUUAAAGAACGACGGACUCAGAGGACAUCGAACCAUGAAUCACGACGUGUUCGUGGUCAGCUACGGUUGUCUCUACAUUACCAGAGAGGAACACUUAUGGUAAUGGUACACCAUGCCCGUAGUCUGUCUACAGUAGCUGGAGGACAGGAACCAUCACCCUACGUGAAGGUGUACCUUCUCCCUGACCAAUCAAAGGUUACCAAGAGGAAGACAAAAGUUGUACGUAGGAACUGUCAUCCUACUUUCAUGGAGAUGCUGGAAUAUCGAAUGCCAUUAGAUGUCGUGCGUAGACGACGUCUGCAAGCAACAAUAUGGAAUCACGACACGCUUCAGGAAAAUGAGUUCCUUGGCUGCGUAUUGCUUCCACUUGACAGCGUAGACCUUGAAUCUGAAACAGUGGAAUGGUAUCCUCUCGGAAACCUCCAGAGGUGACGUGAGAAUCGUGCAGUGUCGCAAAACACUCUCUCUUCAUCCGUCAACUGAAAACCAUAUAAUAUGCUUUCGACAAUGUUUCUGAGAUGCAUGAGCUGGUAAACAGUGGUGACUCCGAACAGCAUUGGACUGCAAGAGAGGGAUCAGAGGCAGAAUUUUCUUCCAAAGUAAAAAAUAUGCAUUAAAGUAACCCGUCAUCAAUAUUCAUGUCAAGAUACAUCCAUGUUAUGCAGUUACAAUGGUUUGCAUCAUAAUAUGCCAAAUUUAUACAUUAUUUAAAACCUGAAUUUUGCAUCCAAAUUUUAAAAUAUGAAUGGCUCUGAGUCUAAUCUGAUUUUUUGAACAAAUGAUUAAUAAAUUUAAUUUAUUAAUUAUGGCAGCCCAAAUAUUUAUUCUUAACACAGAACAGGAACUACGUAUAAGCAUAUAGAUAGUGCUCAUUUCUUGUGUUUAUCUCCUGUUUCAUAGAAUAUAUAUUUUUGUGUCAAAAUUCUUCCUUUUUUGUAGCCAGUAAUAUAAAGGGUUGAUUGUAAAGAAAGGUGUGGUUUUUUAAUACUGUAAACUGUAUUUUAAAAGAACACUAAAUUAAGACUAUACAAUAAUACGUAUGAUGCAGCUAGCCACAUUUAAUGAAGUCACAACCAGCUUGUAGAGUGUACAUUACUGUUUGUUAAUUUUAAAGUGUAUUUAUUUAGCAUUUUUGUUGCUGCGUACCUUUUUAUUCUUAAUAUUUAUCGUCUAACACUGUCAUUUUAGAUUAAUUUACAAAAGUGUCCUUACAUACUGUGCUCCCUGUUGAGCAUUUUAUCUUGUGGUUUAUGAUGAAAUACAAUUACCACUACCAUUAUGUAAUGAUGAACUGCAUAAUGAGUACUUGGAUCUGGCCAGCUUCAACCUGUUACUGGCGUAUAGUAAAACAGUAAUGUAUUGUGUAAGUAUUGCACUUUCUUGUUAAGAUUUCAGAGAGUUGAAGAAUUCUGCCUAUGUACAGCCUUAUAAAUAAUAACAUUUAUUUUCUCCAAGAA